CUUCAGGCCACUCGGGCAUUGAUGGUGGCUGCAAUUCUCCUGGGCCUUGUUGCCAUAUUUACUGCUGUGACAGGCAUGAAAUGCAUGAAGUGCAUGGAAGAUGACCAGGUGAAAAAGAUGCGGAUGGCUGUCUUUGGUGGAGUGAUUUUCAUCAUUGCAGGAAUGGCAGCGCUGGUGGCCACAUCAUGGUAUGGCAACAGAGUGGCUCGGGCCUUCUAUGACCCUUUCACCCCUGUCAACACCAGGUUUGAAUUUGGAUCAGCCCUCUUCAUUGGCUGGGCAGCUGCUUCUCUGGCCAUACUGGGAGGAGCCUUCCUCUGCUGCUCCUGCCCACGGCAAGAAACCUCCUAUCCACCCACCCGAGGCUAUCCGAAAAAUGCCCCCUCCACAGGGAAGGAUUAUGUAUAAUGAAAUGAAGAAAUGGAGCCACCAGCACUGGUAGUGAAGAAGCCUUUGGAGAAGACACUACAAUGCUACUGUCCUGAACAGAGCUCAGACUUCCCAAGUUCUGCCUUCCUCUUCCCUCUCCUCCAAAUGUGUAUAUUUUUGUAUCUUCUUUGCUACAGGACGUAACUUCUCCUUUCUCUCCCAGCCCAUGGAGGAAAGCUAGCCUAGGUUCAUAGGUAUUGUCACUGGAAAGAUGAAGCCUCUGAGCUUGGGUUAACUUCAGUAUUUGGGAGUAAAAGGGAAAAUGAUGCUGUU